UUCCGUCCGCAUUAUUCUCACCACCGGCAUACCUUUCCCGUCGAAAUGCUCCUUUAACGAAAGGAUUUCCUUUUGUUUUCCGUUCUUGGUCGAAUUUCAAAACAAACAGGAAACAAGAACGGAAAAGGAGGAGGGAAAAAGACAGAGAGAGAGGUAAGGCCUAGGGUGAGAUGGAUAACCAUUACAUUUUGGAGAUAACUUUAAUAUCCGCCCAAGGGCUCAAGAAAACAUCUAAAUUCCGUCGCAUGAAGACGUACGCCCUCGCCUGGAUCGAUUCCGCCGACAAGAUUUCCACAUGCAUCGACCGUGUCGGCGGUGAAAACCCAACUUGGAACGAAAAGUUCCUCUUCAGAGUUUCACGCGAGUUUCUUUACAGCGAAACGUCCGGCAUUUCGAUCGAAAUCUUCGCCGAUGGUAUCUUCCGUGAUACCCUGGUGGGAACCGUCCGGUUGCUCGUCGAUAACCUUCUUUGUAACGGGUCGCCGUAUAUCCCGGUGAGGGUUCCUUCUCUGAACGCGGUUCAGGUCCGUCGACCCUCCGGUCGGUUCCAGGGGGUUCUAAACGUUGGCGCUUCGGUUCGUUUGGGUUCGGAUGUCCCGGCAAUGUACGUCUUCUCGGCCAUCAACUACCGUGAUCUGAUCAAAGAGGACCCCAAAUCAAAGAUCAUGAAGAGAUCAUAUUCUACGCUGGGUAUACCCCAUAAGAAUCCAUACCUUCACUAUAAUGGUCAACCGUACAGCCGUGAUCCGAUAAAGGAGCGGCAUAGGAUGAUUAGGGAAGUGGAAAAAACAAAACAUGCAAGGUCAUCAUCAGAUGGUGCCAUAGCCGGAUGGGGUUCCGGCCCUGGGUUUUCGUCUAAAAAUGCUACUCGUUCCGGUCCUCACGACAAGUUUAGUUACCAGAAACCGGUGAGUGUCCGGUCAAGUCUGGCUCCAUAAGAUUGAGUGAAAAUCUACGAAUUAGUAAUAGAUUUGUGGGUUGUGAUUUUCGGGUUGCAUGUUGCUUUAAACAUUUAAAUU